AUGGUUAUAGAAGCCGCUGCUGACAAACAUACGGACGAUCGAGUAACACUUCGGCCAAGGGCGGGCGGUGAUGUGAUGGCUCCAGAGCGCUCCGUCAGCACUUUAGACCUCGCGAUGUCUUACUCAGCCCCGUCCAAUUUGGUGCUCACACCAGCGCCGGAAUGUCGCAAGCUCUCUCGCGGUAUAUCUCGUGCCACGGAUAACGAAGGACUGGUGUGGGCAUUGCGAUCAAACACAGAACCAGAUCUGAACACCCUUACCUCAGACCAUAUCCUCCUGUUGCCGGAUAUAUCUGUAUAUCCGCCUGACUUCAGGAUAUUUAUUGAAAAGGAUCUUCUAGAAACGGCGACACUAGUUACCCUGGAAUCUGCCAGUAUCCUGAACUGGUGGCGUGGUCGCGUCCCAGGUGCCCCCCGACUACUACCAUUAGCGACAUCUGGUGAUGGAAAUUGUCUUCCACAUGCCGCCUCUUUGGCUGCCUAUGGCUUCCACGAUAGAUUGCUAGCAUUGAGAACGAAAGUACAAACCUUGCUGUCUGGUGAAGAGGGACAGGGACUCACUGAUGCAAUACGACGACGUUGGCGUUGGUCGGAGAGCUUAUCGCUAAAAUCGGCCGGCCUCACAUUAUCCGAGACGGAAUGGGAACGCGAAUGGGCGGAGUCUGUCAAAAUGGCGUCAACGGAACCGCGCCCGAAGCACCAGCCGAGUGCCGCGCCUCAUUACUCUGGCCUGGAGCAGUUACAUGUCUUUGCGCUUGCGCAUGUUAUGAGGCGACCCGUCAUUGUAUUCGCGGAUGUCGCUCUAAGGGAUUUUCGCGGUGACCCAAUAGCGCCAAUACCGUUCGGUGGUAUUUAUCUGCCCCUGGAGCUUGAUCCAGCUUCAUGCAGCAAAGCUCCAAUACUCCUAGCGUACGACGCUGGCCAUUUCUCAGCCUUGGUACCUUGUGAGCCGUUGCCAAGCGAUGGUGCAAGGGUUCCUUUGGAAGACCCCGCGCAGAAUCCGCUGCCUAUUCGGUUUAAUGUAGACCCAGGCCAAGACUUUCGCUGGGACAUCGAGCCGGACCAAAAGACCAUCAACAACAUGCUACCAGACGAAUUCCAGCGGUCAGCUAUGUUGGAGGCCUAUUUGGACCUGGAGAGAGUGGAAUGUCUGCAAGGACAACCGCCUGAAGAGUUGAGACGGUCCUUAGACGCGCUCUCCACUAAGAGUUCAAAACAAAUGAAUUCGGUGGCCAAGCAGUUUGGGAGCAUUGGCAGAUCGAUGAGCAGCAAGUUGAAAAAGAACUUUGGCUCAAUGGCCAAAUUGACCGGCAAACUUAGUGGGAGUCAGAGUAAUCCCGAGCAUCUAGUGGAAAGACAAUCCACUUGCGAGGUGCUUUGCUGCAGGGUGUUGGCAGCUCGAGCGCCUGUUCAAGAAGAGAUGGUAAAGAACUACCUGAAUGAGGCCUGGAUCGGGUAUACAGCAGAGAAAAAUCGUAAAGAAGAACCUCCAGCGCCCUCCCAGCCCCGGUAUGGGACCGGCCGGUCUCAGUUCUACGCCGAGGCAGACCGGGCAGCCCACGACGUCGCCAAAACCCUCACGGCGAGACCCGUCAGACCAGCACAGGACCGAACUCUCUACCUGUCCAAGUCGACAUUUUACGACGACCGACCGCCCUCCCCGAAGCCCUGCAGGGCUCCGCUCUGCAUGUACUACGGAAGUCCCGCGUACAACGACUAUUGUUCGCGAUGCGCCCAACUGCAUUAG